AUGAAUCGGGAACUGUACGAACAUCUUAUAAGUACCAGUAGCUCAUCUGCUUCUUCUACAGUAGAUACGAGACAUCCACAUAGACGAAACAUGGGACAGUUGAGCCUUUUGUUCCUCAAAAAUGCUAUUCUUAUGACAAGAAACUAUGGAUGGACGUUUUUCGAAUUAGUACUACCCAUCUUAUUCACAUUGCCCAUCAUUAUAUUAGUUUUAAAUAAUCAAAAUUCAACAAUGUCCCCUGAGUUGUCUUUCGGAGAGCUCACAAUUCGUGGAAAUGAUAAAGAUACAAAAGAGAAUGCAGGCUUCUCUCAGGCAAUGUUUUCCACGUGGUGCAGAAGAGAACAAGUAGAAAUAGCUUACUCAACCAAGGAGUCGGUCGAUUUUGCUGAUGAAAUUAUGAGAGAAUUCGAAGAGCAUUUCAAAGGAUCAGGAUUCAGAAUUAAAGCUACAAGAUUUGAUAGUCUCAAGGAGUUACAAGAUGUUCUCAUGGACAACUUGGAAAUUCAGGGUAUUUGCCGAUUUAAGAGGUUUGUCAACGGUGUUUAUUUCAGUAGGUUGAACAGAGACGAUUUUAUUAUAAAUUAUAAAAUAAUAACCCCAAGCCAUAUUGGAGGAGUUCAAGAUAAUUGGAAGCUGGAUACCAAUUGGGAUGAACAGUAUGGUCAAGCUGAUCAAUUCUACAAAAUGCCAUUGGAUCCUCCUUACUGGAAAUCUGGCUUCUUAAGUUUUCAGAAAAGAUUAGAUAUGGCAUUCAUUAAAAUUACUCAAAACGUCACUAUUUUUGAUCCUGUGUUGCAUCUUGAAAGGCUGCCGGAACCAUCUUAUUACAUAAGCACGUUGAGUUACUUCUUGAAAUUCCUCCCGAUCCUAUGGGGACUUUUGUCAUUUUUAAUAGUUUUACACGCUGCGAAAGAUUCUGCACAAGAGAAAACAGAAAUUAAGGAUUUCUUAUCUGUUAUGGGUUUAUCAACACCUGCGUUCUACUUGUCGCAUAUUCUUUUCAAUUACUUAAAAUGCCUAAUCAUCUUUCUGGUGUGUGCUGUCCCACUCAUUCGCAACAUCCCUGAAAUUUCAAAUUCUCUGUUUUUGUUUGUUGUUUGUGUUUAUGGAUAUGGUGUUGUAACUUUUGGAGUUUUCAUAUCCUCAAUGUUCAAGACCAGCAAUUCAACAAUCAAAGUCACCAUCCUUGUUUGGAUGCUCUCAAUUGGAUUUGCUUAUAAACUCCCAAAUAAAGAAAUGAUCAUGCGAAGCUUCUUUUUCUCCUUGAACAUCAAUGGCGCGUUUUCAAUGACUAUCAAUGGGAUGAACGACUUCUUAACUCGAGGUGAAUAUCUUGGUUGGCAUAAUAUCUUUGUUGGUGGUCAUCAUUGGUUCACAGUUGGGUUCGGAAUAAUCAUGAUCAUCGUUGAUAUUAUAUGGAUGUCUGUACUGACGCUGGUUUUUGAUAAACUACUAGCGGGGGGCGAUUUCUCAUUCAUGUUCCAUUCUAACAGAUCCACUGAUAACAUAGAUGGUGGGCGUGAUACGAAUUCAGACGCAAAUGAAGUUGAUACUGGCUUACUCACCGAUGGAAUUGAAAAAAUUUCUGUGGAUUUUCUUAAAAAACGAUGGUAUAGAACUGGUGAAGUUGCUGUGGAUAACAUUUCAUUGAAAACUUACGCUGGUCAAGUUACUGUUCUACUAGGCCAUAAUGGAGCUGGUAAAAGUACUACGUUUUCUAUGAUUUGUGGGCUUGUUUCGCCAACAGCCGGUAGUAUUUCGAUUUGUGGAGCCAAUGCUGACUUCCACACAUCGAGACGAAACUUAGGCUUGUGUCCACAAGGUAAUCCACUGUUUGAGAAACUCACAGUUAUGGAACAUCUAUGGCUCAUACAUGGACUAAAGGGUGCCAGAACUGAUUAUAAGGUUGAAAGUAAACAGUUGCUUGACGAAAUUAAACUUUCUGAAAAAGCUCAUGAGUUGUCGAGAAAUUUAUCUGGCGGUAUGAAAAGGAAGUUGUGUGUGUGCAUGGCUUUGAUUGGAGGCAGUGAAGUUGUUUUACUGGAUGAGCCAACUGCUGGUAUGGAUCCCGGAGCACGUCGAGAUGUUGAAAACAUCCUCCAAAAAAUUAAAAAGGACAAAUCUGUUCUAUUGACUACCCACUAUAUGGAUGAAGCUGAGUUAUUAGGGGACAGAGUAUUCAUUAUGUCAAAAGGAAAAAUUGUAUGUAGCGGCUCUCCAGGAUUCCUUACCAAGAAGUAUGGAGUGGGUUAUGUUAUGACUGUCGUGACUGAUGAAUUAACCAAUGUGGAUUUGACGAAAGAAAAAAUUCUACAAGCAGCUUCCGACUGCAGUAUAUUCAAAGCCGCCUGUAGCCAGAGUCAUGGAAGUCAGCUCGAGUUCACUUUACCUUUAGAAUCCCAGACGAACUUCCCUCUAUUUUUCCAAUCAUUAGAGAAUAAUCAAUCGAUGUGGGGAAUCAGUAGCUUCGGAUUAUCUAUGACGACUUUAGAACAGGUUUUCUUGAAAGUGGGAGAAGAAACAGAAAAGAGUAGCAAUGAUGAAAGUGUUAAGCAGUUGUAUGAAAAACUAGUAGAGAGUCAGAGAGAUCCGCGGUUACAUGGAGUGGCUUUAAUAUUCUCUCAGUUUAGAGCUAUUAUUAAAAAAAGAAUACUGUACUCUCAUAGACACUGGCUGCAACUCUUAAUUCAGUUUGUUCUACCAAUAUUGAUAUUACUUGGAACACGUUUUAUGACUACCCACAACUUUAACACUGUUUUCGGUGAAAGAGAUCUCUCUUACAACAGUAUUGGACCAGCUAGAGUUAUUCUCCUAGGUUCAAACAAUGACGAAUUAGUUGAUGAAUACAGGCGACUUGUUAUAAACGCUGGCGAUCUUCUCUUGCAUCAAGUGCCUGAUGAUGUUAAUGACACACUCACUCUUCUUCGUCUUCCAAAAACUGUUCCACCUAUUGGUUUUGGAGCACAUUUGAAUGAAGAAGAUGCCAAGAUUUUCUUUAACGCCAAAUCUCCACAUUCUAUAUCAGCUGCCAUCAACUUACUCCAUAAUGCUUACUUACAUACAUUCACAAAUGGCAUUGGCUCCAUUGGUGUUUCGGUUUCGACAUAUGGAAAAUAUGCUGAUACUUCCAACUUGAAUGAAGGAGAAGAUAUCCUUCUAGCCCCUGUUAUCGUGUUUGCCCUGUCGUUGGUAACUUCUUCAGUUGUCAUGUUUCUGGUUGAAGAGCGCGUUUGUAAAUUCGCUCACCAACAGAGUUUAACUGGAAUUUCUCCUGCCGCCUUCUGGGGGUUCUCAUUCAUUUAUGACACUGUAUUAUAUGCUAUAAUGUGCACUGUAUUCACGUGUAUGUUCAUAACAUACGGAUGGAUGGAAGGAUAUAUUAUUCACGUCGUGAUGAUGUGGAUUUUAUAUUUCUGGGCUUGCGUUCCGUUUGUUUAUGCCGUUUCCUUCAUAAUGUCGUCUCCUUCCAAGGCUAAUAUAUCCUUAAUAAUCUGGCAACUUUUCGCAACUCUAUCAGCUAUGCUCAUGGUGUUCACGCUCUCGUUACUACCCAAUUCUCCCAUUAGUACCGACAUGAUGAAUGUCAUAAUGUCGUUGUUGAUAUUCCUACUUCCUUCAUUUGCUUUGGGCAAUGGAUUCAUGGCUCUAGGAUCUCUGUCUGCGAAACAUGUGGAUCCUGCUCUAGUCUGGGAGUGGAACAAUUUGGGUCGUAACUACGUGUUCAUGAUAUUUUUUGGUCUAUUAUCCUCGAUAACAUUCCUUGCCUUCCAAUUCAAAUCUGUCCGUCUCAGCUUCUUCCGGAUAUGGGAAAUUCGGUCGGGUCUUAGAAGAAUCGAACAAGAACCGGAAGAAGAAGAUGAAGACGUUGCGAGAGAGCGGAACAAAAUAGACGACUUAGUGAGACGAGAUGAACUUGCUAUGGAAGUCAAGGACUUGACUAAGUAUUAUGGUGGAUUCCGAGCACUAGAUCAUCUGUCAUUAGGUGUUUCCAAUGGAGAGUGUUUCGGAUUGUUGGGGGUCAAUGGAGCAGGAAAAACAACAACUUUCAAUAUUCUCACGGGUAUCUCUUUCCCAUCGUCUGGAACAGCCAAGAUAGACAAUCGUGAUGUUUCGGAACAAAUUGCUAUCGGAUAUUGUCCUCAAUUUGAUGCCGUACUCAUGGAUCUAACAGGAAGAGAGACCCUAGUGAUACUCGCCAAACUCUAUGGGUUCAGUAACCCCUCCAUGAAAGCUGAUGUUGUACUUAGAGCUGUAGACUUGAAGGAACAUGGUGAUAAGCUGGCACGGUUUUACAGUGGUGGUCAAAGAAGGAAGUUGAGCAUUGGAUUAGCGCUGAUGGCAUCGACUCGAAUGGUAAUUCUGGAUGAGCCUACGGCAGGAAUAGACCCUAAGGCACGAAGAGAUAUCUGGGAUGUUCUUUCUGUCGUUCGCAAUUUGAAAGAAUCUGCCAUGGUUCUAACUUCACACAGUAUGGAUGAAUGUGAGGCCUUAUGCAACAGAAUAGCAGUCCUGCGAGAAGGAAGAAUGAUUGCCAUUGGAACUAGUCAACAUUUGAAGUCAAGAUUCGGUAAUAAUUAUACCCUCACAAUCGUAGCUCCAGCCUCAGAUAAAAAGGGAAUAAUAAUUGGAAAAGUAAAUUCUGAAUUCCCACAAUCUACACUGAAAACGCAUGCGAAUAGUGCAUCGUUAACUAUGAAAUGGCAGAUUGCUCGGAUGCCGAAUGAUCGAUGGUCAUCUAUUUUCAAAAAGUGUCAAGAAUUAGCUGACUCUGUUCAAGCAAAAGACUUCUGUCUGGCGCAAUCGUCUUUGGAAGAGACUUUCCUACGGUUGGCGAACUACUCCUCUCUCUAA